AUCAGAGAGACGGAGCAGCGAACUGUGGCCUGUUAGUUAGAUGCUCUGUCUAUGAUCAUCUCACGGCUCUUCUUGCUGUUGAUAUUCCUUCUUUCGCCUUUUUAUUCUGAUUCAGAUUCCGUACACAUUUUCCGCUACAAUUUUGGAAUGCAAUGAUUUGAGAUAUUUUUGGGUUUGAUCAGAUUAAUAUCGCCGUCCUCCUUCCGAGAUACCUCCUCGGCACCGGUUGAGAAGCGUUGGAAAAUUGUUGGCAGAAUGGAGUGGUGGGAUACAGUGACGUUUCCCGUACGACUUGUCUGGGACGGCGUCGCCGUGCGUCUCGGUAUUCGCAAAAGCGGGCUAUUGAAGCUCCGGCAUGAUGUGAGGACUUGUGAAUAUGAGGAUGUGCGUGUGAUGUGGGAGAUGCUGAAGAGAAAUGAAACAGAGCAGUGCCCUGAAAAGAUAAAAAAGAGAGCAUUUUGGAACUUCCUUGAGUGGGCUAGGUGUUCUCCAUAUCUUUGCCGCAGCUUUUGAUCAUGUCAUUUCUGAAAUCUUCCCAACUCACAAACUCGAUCCAGUUGCUGAUCAGUCUGAAAAGUAUGGAUGUAGUUUUACUCCAUGAAAAAAUAAAAGAGAGUUGAUGCAGUCAUGUAUGACGUAGUCUCUUCUCCUUAUCAAGUCAGCCAUCUGUAGAUAUGAACUGCCCACCAAUUCAGCAUGAUCCAUCUCUUUUAUCCAUGCUUUUAUCCCGUGGAAUGAAGUAGUAUGUGUUCAAUGAACUGGUGAAUUCAUAUUUUUCUAUGUGAUGCCACCUGUUAUGCCCGCAUGCUUAUGGAUGUCAUGCCUUUUGCUUCCUUGAAUAAUGUUUCAUAUUUUCUCUGCCAUGCCUCAUGCUUCUUUGAAUAUCCUCUUUUGUUUCCCAGCUAUGGGCGACUCACUGCGUGCAAAAAUAGUGUUUCCUUUAGAGAGAAGAUUACAUCAAGCUUCAAUUAGGGUUUUGCAGAUCCCUUCAUUCUAUUGGAAGCUAGCGAAGCGGCGUAUUGCGUUAAGGGAGCUUGUACGGAGAGAAAUGGGUCAUUCUAAUGUCUGGAAUUCGCAUCCGAAAAACUACGGUCCUGGUUCUCGUGCUUGCCGAGUCUGUGGUAACCCUCAUGGUAUAAUCCGGAAGUAUGGGCUGAUGUGUUGCCGGCAGUGCUUCCGCAGCAAUGCCAAGGAGAUUGGCUUUAUCAAGUACCGCUGAAGGCUGGCUACGCUGAGAAAGUUUACGUCUGAAGAAUAUUGUCUACAUAUGCUUCUUCCCCCAAACCUUCUCUGCCUUUUUUCUUUUAAAAUGAAAAAAUGUACUCUAUUUGCUUGAACUAGUAGUGGUGUUUUUCCUUUAGUCUGUUCGCUUACCAAUCUUGUUUACUGGUGAUAUUUGUUGGAUCCCAAAUUUCUUAA